ACUAAACCAAACCAUUGCUAAAGAAAAACUGCUAAAAAUUUCUCUCCAAAAAGUCUUGAAUAUUAUCAAGUCUUUAGCACAGAGCCACAGAUGGCAGUCUCUUGUAGAACAGUAGUUCCUCUUGGGUGUAACAAUCAUUUCUCCAUGCAUAAUCAUAAGCAUCAAAUUAAGCUUAAUAAAAGCUUCUUAAACCCAAAAUUCCAAGGAAAUAGGGCCCGGGGAAUAUAUAGCAACAUAAAAAUAAAAAGAGGGUUCUCUUGUAAGGGUAUGGGUGUUGAUUCAAAUGGGGCAGCUUUAGAAACUUUGAGCAACCCAUCUGUGGAUGAAUCAGCUGCAAAACCACAAGAAGAGUCGUCUGUGGAUGACAACACAAUGUCAGUGAUAUUGAGUCCUGGUUUGGAACCAGCAACUAUCAAUAUUCCGGAUCAUGUCAAACGAUCUGAUUUCCCUCCUGAUUUCAUCUUUGGUGCCUCAUCUUCUGCUCUCCAGACUGAAGGAAAUGGAAAAGAAGGUGGGAGAGCACCAAGCACUUGGGAUUCCAUGCUUACACUUCCUGGUGGGAAUGGAAUGGGCAUUGAUUCCUACAGCCUCUUUAAGGAUGAUGUGAAGUUAUUGAAGGAGAUGGGCAUGACUGCUUAUAGGUUCUCCAUUUCUUGGUCAAGGAUAUUGCCCUAUGCUGGUUUGGACAACACUAUCACAAAUCCACAUGGAAUUGAGUUCUACAAUAAGUUCAUCGACGAACUUAUCGCUAAUGGAAUAACACCUUUUGUCACUUUGUUUCACUUCGACCUCCCUCAAACUGUACAAGACAAGUACUGCGGUUUUUUGAACAAACAAAUCAUAGCCGACUUUAAAGACUAUGCAGAUGUAUGUUUCAAGAACUUUGGUAAUCGAGUUAAACAUUGGAUAACCAUAAAUGAACCAUACAAUUUUGGUUCAUAUGGAUUCAAAACGGGUCUGCCCAAAAUAAGUAACGUCGAUCCAAAUCCAUUUGUUGCCACACAUAACAUCAUCCUAACUCACGCAGCUGCUGUAAAACACUACAGAGAUCAUUACCAGGAAGAGCAAGGGGGGAAAAUUGGAAUCUCACUAUCAUCUUUAUGGUUCGAACCUUUUGAUAAAAGAAAUGGUCACCAUGAAAGGACUCAAAAGAAUUCAUUGGACAUGAUGCUUGGUUGGUAUAUGAAUCCGCUAGUAUUUGGUGAAUACCCCAAAAUAAUGGAAGAGGUAGUGAUUGGUGGACUUCCAAAGUUUACUCCAGAAGAAAGGAAAAUGGUACAAGGUUCCUAUGAUUUCAUUGGUAUUAAUUAUUAUACUUCACGAUACGUUGCACCAACUCAAGUUUGUGGUGUCGAUGUCGUCGAAGGGAUAUAUCGCACCGAGUAUAUCGAACAAACAGUUAAAAAUAAGGAUGGAGACCUUAUUGGACCUCGUGCUCCAGAAAGUACAAAUAUUUAUGUGGUUCCUACCGGACUUAGAAACUUGCUUCUAUAUGUUAAGCGUACGUACAACAAUCCUGAAGUUUAUGUAACUGAAAAUGGUGUUCCUUCAACGCCCAUAAUCAAGGAUUCCAUUAGGGAUUUAGCGGAAAAACAAAAUUUUAAAGAGUUGGAAGAUGCACUGCUUGAUGGAUACAGGAUCAACGAUAUUGCCGAACAUCUCUACAACCUCCGUGAAGCUUUAGCGGAUGUAACAUUUGAGGAUAAGGAAGCCGUGACAACAAAUGUGAAGGGAUACUUUGUAUGGGCAUUGGCAGAUAAUAUGGAGGUUGGAACAGGCUAUUCAACUCGUUAUGGUCUUAACUAUGUGGACUAUCAUGACAGGCAUAGACGUUAUCGUAAAGCAUCUUCUUUUUGGUUCUCUCAUUUUCUCAAAUCUCCUCAACAACAAACCACUGAAAAUAAUGCUAAGUGACAUAAUCAACAUCCUGACUGCAUGUCCAUCGGUCAACUACUCUCUUUCUCUGUUUUUAUUAGAGAAUUCUGUUUAAGUGAAUACAAACAAAAACAAAUAAAAAGUGUUAUUAUUUUUGUAUUUUCUGUAAUUUUGUGUUUAAUAAUUCUCAUUUAUUUCAGAACUAUCCACGUCUAAAUUAAUGAAAUAUCUGUACUAUUUGUGUCUUUAUUUAUACGUUCCCAAAAAUGAGUUAAAUGUUUAUAAAUUUCAGUGUUUAUCUUGAGUAGUAUUUCUUUGU